AUGGCCUUGCCUGGAGUGGGCGUUUUUCCAGGCGAAAACCCGGAGUUUAUUGUUCAGCACUUGAGAAAAGCAGGAUUCCCAGUGAAGGCGGUAUGGGCCCAGACGGAGAAACAAGCCAUCGAAGUCAAAAAGAAGCUCAAUCUCCCAUACGUGACGACAUCCAUUCGCGAGCUCGUCUUGCACACCGAAGUCGAUUUGGUGAUUAUCGAUUCUCCACCGCCGACUCAUCAGCAGAUUUGCGCGAAUGCGCUCGGCAUCGGCAAGCAUGUCCUGUGCACACUUCCCGGCGGUUUGAACAUGCGCGACACUCGAAAAAUGUUCGACGCGGCUUCUUACUAUCCCCAGCUGCUCGCCGCCGCGCUGAAUCCAGUCCGCUUCAUUGAGCAAAUCGUCAAGUUGAGGAAUUUCAUCAAAUCGUCGGCCGGACAAGUCUACAUGGUCGAGGCAAAGAUGAAGUCAAAGGCGCAGAGCAAAGAACACUGGAAGACGGAUCAUCGAAUGGCCAUGUUGGGUUGGAAAAUUACCAAGAAUCGAGAACAGUCGCUUUUUACACAUUCUGAAGGAACAAUUUUCCUAUUAGAAAUUGAAAUAGUUCUACUAGAUUCAAGCCUGAACAUCACCUCAACUCCUGGCUAUCUGUUGGAAAGCAUGCAUCCUCGAACAGAAAGUGUUAUCGAGAUCAGACCCGCCUCCCAAAUGUGUGACGAAUCAGCUGAAGAUCAUGCUGAUCACACAAACGAGUCUGAGAAUGCUGACUCGGUAUCGCCCGAGAAGGACGUGAAGAAUAAUAAGACGGAAGAGACCAGCGGCGAGGCAGACGAGGAGGUGAAGAAAACCUUUGCUGAGAGCGGCGCGCAGACGAUAGCGAUUGAAACCCAAGAUGCCGCCGCUGAAACGAGCAAUGGGAAUAUUCAGCUUUUGUCUGAUAGAGAGUCACUCGUCAAAAUGGGCCUUCCCAAGUUGCUCGAGGCGGUGAAGGAAAGGGAUGAAGGAAUUUUAGUUAAUGCUUCAGAGAAAGAAAUCCUCAGAUAUUUAUCAUCUCCUCGAAAGGACUCAUUCUUAACUGGCGGAAUGGAUUCGCGAUCCUGGAAUGAGACAGCGAUCAACGACUCGCCCAUUGGCAAGUUCUCUGAUAUUCUAUACGUUCAAGGAGUGCUCGAUGCUCUCCGACGUUCGGAUAAAUCCGGCGAGGUCGAAGGCGUUGAAAUGGGCGACGAACUCAAACUCGAGCAGCUUCACUUCCAGGCCGAAUUCGGAACCUACGUCGAGACCGUCGACCAUCUUCAGAUCUGA